ACUCUGGGCGUCGGGAGGGGACAGAGCACGCGAAUGUGCGGCGGAAAUGCAGGGUCCAGGCUGAAAGUCCGACGUGAGCAACUUUGCGGAGCUACCUAUCUGCUGUUGGCCACGAGGGCGGAGGGAGGGCGUGGGUUUUGGGCUCGAACCUCCGCGACCACUCGCCGUCCUGGGUGAGCUGGAGCAAAGCGCCUGAACUUUAGCUGCCGGGCUCUGCCCGGUUAUCUAUCAGAUGGGGAUGCCAGGUGCUGUUCGGGUGUGGUGCGCAGAAGUGGUUGGAAGAACAAUGCACGUAAGUCUUUGACACCAUGAUGUACAUCCGGCAAAGAAAAGAGGUAAAAACCACAGAAGUUUCUGAAGAUUUUCCAGCCCAAAAAGAAAAUGUGAAGUUGGAAAAUAAAUUGUCUUCUGGUUGUGCCAACCGAAGAUUUUGGAAGAUUCUGUCAUUUACAAUUGGUGGAACCAUUGCCCUUUGCAUAGGACUUCUUACAUCUGUCUACCUUGCCACCUUACAUGAGAACGAUUUAUGGUUUUCUAAUAUUAAGGAAGUGGAGCGAGAAAUCUCAUUCAGAACAGAAUGUGGACUGUAUUACUCCUACUACAAGCAAAUGCUGCAGGCGCCAACCCUCAUGCAAGGUUUUCGUGGCUUAAUUUAUGAUAAUAAAACUGAAUCUAUGAGGACAAUUAACCUCCUUCAACGAAUGAAUAUUUACCAAGAGGUUUUUCUCAGUAUUUUAUAUAGAGUUCUACCCAUACAGAAAUACUUAGAGCCAGUUUAUUUUUAUAUUUACACCUUAUUUGGGCUCCAAGCAGUCUAUGUCACAGCUCUUUACAUAACCAGCUGGCUCCUUAGUGGUACCUGGCUAUCAGGACUGCUGGCAGCUUUCUGGUAUGUCACAAAUAGAAUAGAUACCACCAGAGUUGAGUUUACCAUCCCACUGAGGGAGAACUGGGCCUUGCCCUUCUUUGCAAUUCAGAUAGCAGCGAUUACAUAUUUCCUGAGACCAAACUUGCAGUCUCUUUCUGAAAGGCUGACACUUCUUGCCAUUUUCAUAUCAACUUUUCUCUUUAGCCUGACAUGGCAAUUUAAUCAAUUUAUGAUGCUGAUGCAAGCAGUAGUGCUGUUCAUACUGGACUCCUUAGACAUGCUGCCAGCUGUGAAGGCGACGUGGCUGUAUGGCAUACAGAUAACGGGCUUACUCCUGGUCUGCGUUCUUCAGUUUUUUAAUUCCAUGAUUCUUGGAUCAUUGCUUAUCAGUUUUAACCUUUCAGUAUUAAUUGCAAGAAAACUUCAGAAAAACCUGAAAACUGGAAGCUUCUUUAAUAGGAUUGGGAAACUGUUGUUACAUUUAUUUGUAGUUUUCUGUUUGACACUUCUUCUCAACAGCAUUAUUAAGAAAAUUCUUAACCUGAAGUCAGAUGAACACAUAUUUAAAUUUCUAAAGGCAAAAUUUGGGUUUGGAGCAACAAGGGAUUUUGAUGCAAAUCUAUAUCUGUGUGAAGAAGCUUUUGGCCUCCUGCCCUUUAAUACAUUUGAAAGGCUUUCAGAUACUCUGCUGUUUUAUGCUUACUUAUUUGUUCUGUCCAUCACAGUGAUUGCAGCCUUAGUCGUUGCCUUUCAAAAUCUCAGUGAUGCUACAAAUCAACAAUCCCUGGGUAAAAUGGGAAAGUGCACAGUUGACCUGAAACCGGAAACUGCUUACAACUUAAUACACACCAUUCUGUUUGGAUUCUUGGCAUUGAGUACAAUGAGGAUGAAGUAUCUCUGGACAUCACACAUGUGUGUGUUUGCGUCAUUUGGCUUAUGCAGUCCUGAGAUUUGGGAAUUGCUUCUGAAGUUGGUCCAUCUUUAUAACCCAAAGAGGAUAUGUAUAAUGCGAUAUUCAGUACCAAUAUUAAUACUGCUGUAUCUGUGCUACAAGUUCUGGCCAGGAAUGAUGGAUGAGCUCUCCGAGUUGAGAGAAUUCUAUGACCCAGAUACAGUGGAGCUGAUGAACUGGAUUAAUUCUAACACUCCAAGGAAGGCUGUGUUUGCUGGAAGCAUGCAGUUGCUGGCCGGAGUCAAGCUGUGCACGGGCAGGACCUUAACCAACCAUCCGCACUACGAGGACAACAGCCUGAGAGAGCGAACCAAAGUGGUUUAUCAGAUAUACGCGAAGAGGUCCCCAGAGGAAGUGCACACCCUCCUAAGGUCCUUCGGCACCGACUACAUAAUCCUGGAAGACAGCAUCUGCUAUGAGCGCAGGCACCACCGGGGCUGCCGGCUGCGGGACUUGCUCGACAUCGCCAAUGGACACAUGAUGGAUGGCCCUGGAGAGAACGAUCCUGAUUUGAAGCCUGCGGACCACCCUCGAUUCUGUGAAGAGAUAAAGAGGAACCUGCCCCCCUACAUGGCACACUUCACUCGAGUGUUUCAGAACAAAGCUUUCCACGUCUACAAGCUGUCCAGGAACAAGUAGUGGCGCUGUCUGCCCAGUCUCUAUUUUUGACACGCUGAAACUCCCUCAUGAGGAACCGUGGUAGCUGAGGUUCCUGUGUGGGUAGGUAACCUGUCCCUGAAAACUGUGCCUGAGGAUGUCCUUCAGAUGUUUACACAGUGUUAUCAUCUUUGGAAGCAUCUCGACAAGCUUAAGUCUUUGUGCUUUGUUUCGUCUCUUAUCUUUCCCAUUAAUGAUCGUUAGCCUAAAUGGGUUCCACAUGCCUGACCUGGGAUUUUGUUGUUGGGGAGAAUGGUGUGUGUUCUGCAGAUGGCCUGUACAACUGCGUGCCGCGCCAGAAAGCAAGAACCUGUCGGGAUUUGAAAUGUUUUGAUUUUCAAUGAACGUAAGACAGUUCUGGUUGAGUGUAAUUGAGAGGAUGCAUAAUUAAAUUAUUUAAUAUUAUUUCACUAGUGAAGACCAAUCAGUGACUUUUUAAAAAAACUCUUUAUUGUGAUGUUUCACCUUAAAAUUUUAUAAUGUUUUCCAACGGUUAUGCUUUUAACCUGAACAACAACAACAAAAAAAAAUCAUGUUAAGUCUUUUUAUGUAUCUGAAACAUUUUGUGUACUCUCUUUGAAAUGUUAUAUGUUCAGUAGUAUGUGUGAUACAAUGAGAGAGAGAGACAGAGAUUGUGUGUGUGUGUGUGUGUGCAUGAAUGCUGGGCACAGAAGUAUUAUAAGUUCUAGAUUGUAAGUCCUGAAAGGGGCAGAAGUGGAUGUAGUCAAGUAGAAUUUGUUUAGUAAACAGCAAGACUGUUUACUCUUAUUUUAAACCCUAUUGAUACUCUUCAAUCUCCUGCAAGUAAAAUAGUUUUGCUUCAUUUCUUACCCAUUUCAAUUUACUGGGUUUGCAAAAUUUUGUAAACUUUUUGUGUUUUUAGCCUUUGGUAUUUUUUACAGCCUAGAACCUUGCAAAGCCUGAAUAUUUUUUCAGUGUUGUAUCUUGACUAGUUCACUAAUUUUCAUAUCAAGUUUUACUUGGGGUCUCCAAUCUUAUCAUGUGGGCUCUGGUAAUGUUAUUGUUUUCCUCUCCAAAAGGUAACCAAGUGCCUCUAAGUCAUGCUUAUUUGUAAACAACAAAGGGGAUUAGAUGUACCUGCUCAGAAUUUUUUGAUAAUUGCUUUUAUACUUCAUUUCUAAUGAUAGGGAUGUGUAAAAGUUGCUGAUAAAAGCAUAUUGUCCAUUUAAUUAAAUCAAGGUGGCUAAUGAAAUUAACUUUCUCCCCCGUUCUUGCCAGUUGGAAAUGAUUUAAAUGUUUCUCCUUGUGGUUGUAUCGAAGUAAAUUGCCGUACGCGUCAAGAUGGACAGCAUCGCAUGUUCAAAUGAUUUUACAUUCAGUUACUACUUAUUAAGCAGCAUUCAAAAAAAAAUUUACACUGUCUUUUUGGACACAAGGAUCCCCGACUGUUAUUAAAUUGUGCAACUGAAACUCCUGAAUUAUAUCUUUCCUAUAUCCCUUAAUAAGGUUGGAGACCACUGCGGUUUAGGAUAAUACAAUAAUAAAACAUUUUAAUCAGUACUAAAACUCUAAUUAAGCCAGUAAUGAUGCAUGCCUGUUGUAGCUGACAGCACGGGUCAGUACAUCCUCUGGCGAGUGCCUUACUCUAAUUGAAACCAAGCACAUGUAAGGUACAAUAUGUGGUGAUUUCAUUAAAAAAAAAAAAAAAAAAAAAAAACUCUGUUACUUUUUCAUGUAUAUUUAAAUCUGUUUUAAAUGUUCCUAUUUGUAUUAGUCUAAGCAUUUGUGUAUUUGGAGUCUCAGCAUAUAAAACAUGUUCUUAAAUGUGUGUGCUUGUCAUCCACACAUUGAUGGCAUAGUGAUUUUUUUUCGUAUUGCCAUUGUGGCCAAACACUGAAUGUUCAGUCUUUAUUGAAAAUAUAAAGUGCCAAAAAGUCUUGCAAGACAGAAUCCAUGCAUACACUCUUUCCAAGACACUGUGACCAUGUACAAUAGUACCACGGUAGAUACUCUUUAGCACUUGCCAGGGUUCUUUCUUGUUUGUGACCUUCUCAUUGGAACACACAGUAGAAAGAGCAUCCGAUUCCGCCUCUGGCUGCCUACAAGCCAAAGCAAGAGACCUGUGGCCUAGACCCCCUGCCGCACAGGCCUUGGUAGCUGUUUAAUAUUUGGUAACAACCUCAAACAAUGGCUCUGUUUUUGUGGAUAGAAAAAAACACUCUGAGUUCCCAAAGAGAAACUCUCAGUACAGUAGAAGUGCUCUUAAUUUACUCUGCUUAUUACUCCACAGAGCCCUGGGGUCUGUCCCUCUCGAGGUGCCUGCUCCAACAGCACCGCAGGCGGGUGGCCACUCGCUAGCACUUCUGUACUCCUGCUCCCCCUGCCUUCUGUUCCGUCCCCACUCCAUGUGAGUUCCUCUGAUUAUAAGUACACAACUCAGGCAGCUGUACAUACGCAUAGGAAAUAUGGAUAUGAAAAGAGUUAUUUCUGUAAAAAUUAAAUAGGCCAUUUUGAUUUGAAAAUGAUUGAAUUGCUAAUCAAAAUCGCUUUUAAAUUUAAUGUGGUUGGCAAAAUUAUGAAAUAUUGAGGGAAACAUAAAAAUCAAGAGAAUUUCUGUACUUACAUUGCUUCAUAGAUUUAUCUACAUACUCAUUCUGCCUUUUUAAAGUCUGAACCAAUAGGAAGGCAAAUGUCCCCAAAUCGUGCUAUUGGUAUGAUUUGUACAAGAAGUGAGCAAUAGUCAUUGAACCUUCAUGCAAAAGAAAGUCCUUAGCAUCAAAAGAUCAGCAAAUGAAGGGGGGGUGGGGAGGUACAGCUCAGCAGAAGAGCACUUGCCUUGCAUGUGCUAUGGCUGGGCUCCUCUCCCAGCACCAGGGAGGGAAAAAAAAAAAAAAAAAGAGCAAAUGAAGGUACAUUUGUACGUUGCAGGUAAUGCUUCCCUGCUUGAACCUAGGUACUUCAUUAAAUGACCAGCUAUAGGUACAGGUCACAAUGACUAAUAGAGAUUCUACUCUAGUCGAAAGACCCUGGGAUCACUUUCAUUACAGGCAUUUACAGAAUAGGGCUUCAUUUCAGAUGUAUUGGCCAGGAAGGUAGCAAGGGUAUAUCUAGGCCACUCAUCUCUUAAAGAUGAUUUGCCUGGCCUGUGUGAAUUUACCUCAGUAAGUUGGUGUGUGUGUGUGUGUGUGUGUGUGUGUGUGUGUGUGUCCAGUGGGUGCUGCCAGGGCAAGGGCAUGUGUAAAUAUUUCAUCAGAUCUGCAUCUUUAUUUCACAGUUAACUAGAAAGGUUUGUUCUGAUUCUAUAUUAACUUUGACUAAGAUGUUAAAAAUUUUAGAUCACCUUUGGUCCAAAUCUACUGAAUUAUCAUAGAAAUAUUUAAUUUUAAAAAGUUAAUUCAGACCUUGGAGUUAAUAGGAUGAUGUUAAAAUGCUCUCAGAUCAUGUAUCUUGGUUAACAUGCUCCCAAAUGCUCCAUAUAUGACAGCCUUUUGACCUAGAAGAGAAAGCUUGUCUGUUCAUGGAAGAAAAGUCUUUCUAAGAUGGCUUACUUUCUUGUGACAACUGAUUUUCCGUUUUUUACAUCCAAUGGGUAAAAUCUUUCAAAGAGCUUUUAUAAGUUGUACUGCAUUGUAUGGAGAUUAUAUACUAAAUAAAGCUCUUUUAGAUUAUACAAGA